ACUAACGAACUCGCUCACUCACUCACUCACUUACUCACCUGAGGGACUCGCAACAACAAAAAGUUUAAGCAAGUGGCGAGCAAGACACAGACAAGAAAGCAAACCCUAACCCGCAGAUGUACACGACGGAGCGGAGGCGCAUGAGCCUCCGGCGGGAACCCGCCGCCUGGCUGCAGGCGUCUGCGGGAAGUAUGUGGCAAGACCCGCUGGCCAUGGAGAUGAGCGCCCGGAGCAGCGCCGCCAAGAACGGCGUCGUUUCGCCCCGGAGCCGCGGCCGCGCCGUGUCGGUGGCCUACAUCGCCAACGACAGGGAGGCCGAGGCGGACGCCGUGGACUCGGCGGCGGCGAGGGCGGCGAGAGCGGACAGCGCCCCAGCCGAGCGUCACUUGUCCCUGGCGUGUCUGAAGGAGGCGUGUGCCGACUCGCGGGCCUCGUUUCAAAGCAUCCCCUUCGAGAGGAUCUCCAUGGCGACCACGGACGUCCUGGAUAGCUUUUACAACGCAGGUGAGGAGUUUGCAAGCGUUUUCGCCAAGCCUAUUUGGUUCGUUCUUCUUCCAGUAUUUGCAUUGAAGGAGCCAUGCAGCACCGUUUUGUUGUCAGAUGUGGCAGUGGUGGAGAUGAGCGACUCGUUCUGCCAAGCGUCCCUCUUUUAUCACCUGGGAGUGAGGGAAAGUUUCAGCAUGACCAACAACAUCAUCCUGUACUGUUAUAAAGAGGAUACAGAUCUGCAGGCUGUCAAAGAGCAGUGCGGAAGCUACACGUUCGUGCCUUACGUGGUGUCGCCUCAGGGCAAAGCCUUUGCCUGCGACGGUACACUGAUGACUGGCAUCAAAGAGUUGAUGCAGACCACGUUCCAGUUGGAUUCGCUUCUCACGCCGCUGGCGGAGCGACUCACACAUUUGCUCAACACCGUGGAUGUGCAAUCCAGCGAAUACUUCAGAGAGUCCAUCAGGCACGACAUCCGCUCGGCAAGGGAGCGCUUCAGUGGUCAGGCCCUGAGCCAGGAGCUGAAUCGCAUCCAGAUGCGUCUGGACAGUGUGGAGCUUCUCACCCCUGAUAUCGUCAUGAACCUGCUGCUGUCCUACAGGGACAUUCAGGAUUACGAUGCUAUGAUCAAACUGGUGGAGAUGCUGAACAACCUACCCAUGUGUCUGGUGGCAAGACAUCAAAAUAUAAAGUUUCACUAUAUCUUUGCUCUCAACAGGAGGAAUCAACCAGGCGAUCGUACCAAGGCUUUAGAGGAGGUCCUUCCCAUUGUGCAAUCAGAAGGCCCGGUGGUGUCCGACGUCUACUGCCUGUGCGGUCGCAUCUACAAAGACAUUUUCAUUAGCUCUGGCUUCAGCGACCAGCUCAGCAGAGAUCAAGCCUGCUGCUGGUACGGCAAAGCCUUUGAGGCCGAACCUACUCUUCAUUCUGGUAUCAACAACGUGGUCCUUCUGAUGGCAGCCGGACAUGAGUUUGAUACGUCCAUUGAGCUGCGCAAAAAAGGUGUGACUUUAAGUACUCUGUUGGGCCGGAAGGGCAGCCUGGAGAAGAUGAAGAACUACUGGGACGUGGGUUUCUACCUGGGCGCUAACAUCCUGGUCAACGCGCAUAGGAAAGUCAUCGAGGCUUCAGAGAAACUGUACAAGCUCAAUGCUCCACUUUGGUACGUCGCAUCUGUGAUGGAGACGUAUAUUGUGUACCAGCAGUUUGCUAAGCCUCCCGAGGUGAAGUCUCCCAAACAGGACACCGUGGACUUCUGGAUGGAGCUUCUGUUGCAGUAUUGUAAACCCAGCGUCUGCACAGACCGCUGCCCGGUGCUCAUUUUGGAGCCCACUAAAGUCCUUCAGCCUGCUGUAGUGUCUGUGAGCGAGGGGAACAAAAGUCACACUGUCCAGCUGAAACACGUUACACCCUUCAAGAAAGGCUUACAUCAGUGGACUUUCCCGGCCGCUGCAAUCCGGGGAGUGAGCGUUUCAAAGAUUGACGAGCGGAGCUGCUUCCUGUACGUGCACUACAAUUCGGACGACUUCCAACUGUACUUCCCGUCAGAGCAGCACUGUAAAGAUUUCUGUGAUUUGGUCAAUUCCCUGCUUCAAAAAGCUGAGAACACCUCCGAGGAGUUGAAUCCUCACAGUGAAGGAAUACUUGAGUAUGUCUACGAGACCAACGAGAACGGCGACAAGGUGGUCCUCGGGAAAGGCACCUAUGGCAUCGUGUACGCCGGCAGGGACGUCAGCAACCAAGUGCGCAUCGCCAUCAAGGAGAUCCCAGAGAAGGACAGCACGUAUUCCCAACCUCUCCACGAGGAGAUCGGUUUACACAAGCGGCUGAAGCACAGGAACAUCGUCCAGUACUUGGGCUCCAUUAGUCAGGACGGUUUCAUCAAGAUCUUCAUGGAAGAAGUACCAGGAGGAAGCCUGUCGUCCCUGCUACGGUCCAAGUGGGGCCCGCUGAAAGACAACGAGGCCACCGUCAUCUUCUACACCAAGCAGAUCCUCGAGGGGCUGAGAUACCUUCACGACAACCAGAUUGUCCACAGAGACAUCAAGGGUGACAACGUGCUGAUAAACACAUACAGCGGCGUUUUAAAGAUCUCCGACUUUGGAACUUCCAAGAGGCUAGCGGGUAUCAACCCCUGCACUGAAACUUUCGCCGGAACUCUCCAGUAUAUGGCACCCGAGAUUAUCGACCAGGGGCCCCGGGGGUACGGGAAGCCGGCUGACAUCUGGUCCCUCGGGUGUACCAUCAUCGAAAUGGCGACAGGCAAAACGCCCUUCCAUGAGCUGGGGAGUCCUCAGGCAGCCAUGUUCAAGGUUGGGAUGUUUAAAAUCCACCCCAAGGUUCCAGAGUGCAUGUCAGCAGAAGCCAAGAGCUUCCUCAUGAACUGUUUCGAGCCCAAUCCGGAUGACCGGGCCACGGCAGCCGACCUGCUCAAGGACACCUUCCUCAGGUCGUCCCCUAGGAAGAAGACCAGAGCCCCGCAGGAGUGUGAACCAGAAGACUCCUCCGCUGGUGACUACCACCGCAGCCUGUCUGUGCCAGUCUCCAUCCGAGUGGAGAACACAGACUCGGGUUCCAUCGACCUGUCCUGCUCGCUGGACUUCAGGGGAACACAGCUGUCCGUCUUCAAAGCCAACCAUAUCUCAGAGAGCCCCCCCGGCAAUGGACGGUUCUUGCCAGUGCCGGAGGACUCUGCACUGGACAUGAGCAGCCCAGCGUCCACAGGCGAGAACAUGGGCUUGUUCAUGCUGAGGAAAGACAGCGAGAGGAGGGCCACGCUGCACCGGGUGCUCACCGACGACGUGGCCAAGGUGGUGGCCAGCAUACAGGAAGCCUUGCCAGAGUUUGAGAGGUCAUCGCUCACGUCAGACUACAUCACCGAGCUUGUUUGCUGUCUACGGGACAACAUCUGCUCGCCAGACAAGAAGCGGCUGACCGGCUGCCUGCGGGACCUCCGAGCCACGCUACUAUCCGCCGCCAUACCUCUCAACAGCCUGCAGGCGGUGCUGUUCAGCUUCCAGGACGCAGUGAAGAAGGUGUUGAGGCAAGAGCUGGUGAAGCCUCAUUGGAUGUUCGCACUCGACAAUCUUCUGAGGCAGGCCGUGCAGGACGCCAUCACUGUGCUUCUUCCAGAACUGAAACUCCAGCUGCAAUCGUCCUUUGAGACAGAGGACAGCACUCCUGAGGAUGCGUCGGCUGAGACAAAGUCUGUCCACCAGGAGGCGGAGGAGACAGAACCCCAACGGUCCAUGGACCAGAUCCCGGAACCGCCAAGCCCCAUGGACACCAUCCUGGACAGCAACUGCUGGCUCGGUGACGAACUGAAGGACCUCCGACUGGAGACCAGAAGACUGCUGAGGCUGUUGAGUGACAAGGAGCGAGAGUACCAGCACCUACUGAAGACUUCAGUCCAGAAGAAGCAAGAGGACAUUGAUGCUAUCAGAGGACAGAGUCCAGAUGACAGGUUGACUGCAUCCAUGAGCCGUGCGGAUGUGAUGGACAUGGUUGCCUGGCUGGAGACCAUCCCGGUAGACCAGCACACCAUCGAGAAGUUGGUGGCUCACCAGUUCACGUUGGACUGUCUUCUGCAAAUAGCCUGCAGGGACGACUUGAUGUACUGUGGGAUAAGGGGAGGCAUGCUGUGUCGCAUGUGGGCGGCCAUUACGGCUUACAGGAAGGCUCACCCUGACACGUUUGACCAGGACGAUGCUCGACGUUAACGCUGAUGCUUUAGUGGACAGGCUGGACCUGUUUCGGGUGCUAUCACCAUGAUUUUCUUACUUUUAACUCUGUACAUUCCAAUGUAAAUAUUUAACGUCUCAGGGUCUUUUUUUAAAUUUUUAUAUUGCAUACGGUGUACCUCAUUGUUGACUUCUCUUUACAAGAGCGUCGCUGAAUGUACUGACAUUCAGCGACGCUCCAUCUGGUGGAAACAAAUAAACUACGAGCAUGCCGCUUACUGCGUCACGUCAAUUGAAACUCA